AUGGCAGGUCGCCCGUUGCUGGCCCCGGCCGUCACGCUGCGUCCUCCUGGACCGGCGUUGGGCUCGAGGGCCUCGCUAUACGUCGGCGACCUAGAUGAUGGCGUGGCGGAGGGGCAUAUCUAUGCCCUGUUCUGCCAGGUGGCGCCCGUGGCGUUCCUCCGUGUCUGCCGGGACGUCACUGGCAGGUCACUUGGUUACGCCUACGUGAAUUUCUACAGUCGGGAGGACGCCCAACGUGCAUUAGACUCUUUAAAUUUUACCCCUGCCAACGGGAAGCAUAUCCGAGUUAUGUUCUCGAAUAGGGACCCAACGCUGCGAUUGAGUGGAAAGGCCAAUAUAUUCAUAAAAAAUCUUGUGCCAAAUAUUGAUGGCAAGAGCUUGAGUGAUAUGUUUGGUCGCUAUGGCACUAUACUAUCAUGCAAAGUGGCCACUCACUUUAACGGUCAAUCAAAAGGGUACGGAUUUGUUCAGUUUGCAGAGGAGACAUCUGCCAAUGAUGCCAUCGACAGCUUGAAUGGCAAACGAAUUUUUGUAGGUCUCUUCAUUCGUCGUCAGGAGAGGCAACCAAAUAUCAGCUUGAGUAAUUAUACAAAUGUAUAUGUGAAGAACUUGCCAAAGGAAUUCACUCACAAUGACCUUCUCCAAGAGUUUGGCCCAUUCGGUACAAUUACUAGCGCUGUAAUCAUGAGAGAUAGUGAUGGAAUAUCCAAAUGCUUCGGAUUCGUUAACUAUCGGGAAUCAGAAUGUGCUGCAGAAGCUGUGAAAAGUCUUAACGGGAAGAUGAUUAAGGAUACAAUUUUGUAUGUUGGAAGAGCUCAGAAAAAGUCAGAAAGAAAAGCAAAACUGAAAGAAAACUUUGAGCAUGCGAGAAAUGAGAAAUUCAAAAAGUUUGAAGGGCUCAAUCUAUACGUUAAGAAUCUAGAUGAUAGUAUCAAUGAUCUAAAUCUUAGAGGGUUAUUUGAAUUUUUUGGUGAGAUAGGAUCAUGCAAGGUUAUGGUUGAUUCACAAGGAAGGAGCAAGGGUUAUGGCUUUGUGUCAUUUACAACUAUUGAAGCUGUCCACAAGGCCAUUGACGGGAUGAACAGGAAGAUAGUCAGCAAAAAGCCAUUGUAUGUUGGUGUAGCUCAACGCAAAGAGGAAAGACGAGCGAUGCUAGUGGCACACUUUGCUCGUAUUCAGAACGCAGGAGUUCUAGCACCCGCAGUACCACAAAAUUUUGCUCCCCAUCAGUUCUACGUCGGUCCAGGAGUGCCUGGCAUGUUCCCACCACAGGUUCCUGCAGGCUUCGGGUAUCAGCAAUUCCCACAACAGCAUUUCACUCCUUGGGUUCCUAGCGGCAUGACGCCAUAUACAUAUAACCUGCCGAGGCCACUGCACCAUGCUGGGCGUGGUGCGCAUCAAGAAAUCAAUCUACACCGACAGAUGGUGUACCCAAAUGCCAACCAAGCUUUCACAUACAUGCCAAAUUCAAUGAAUGUGAAUGUCAACUCUGUGAUGGUUCCCCCGGGCUUCGCACAUAUUGAUAGUACUGUCUCUACUCCAUCUGUUCCAAGCAAGAACACCACCACCACUGCUGUAGAUUCUUCUGACCCAGAGAAACAACAUCUCAUUCAAGGCGAGAAACUGUACCCGCUGGCUGAAGAGCUUAAGCCAGAAUUAGGAGGGAAGGUGACAGGGAUGCUGGGUGAAGCAAUGGAAGCCCUGCAACGAAGGAAAGUGGAAGAUGCCAGCGAUACUGUUGACCUCGCGUCCGUACCAUCCACCUCGACCUUGAGUGCUAGCAGAGAUGCUAUUGACCCCACUUCCACAACGUCGUCCUCGAGUGCUUCCGCUGAUGGUGCUAACCUUGCUCCGGCACCGUCAUCCUCGAGUGCUUGA